UGUGUUUAUUGAAUCCAGGACCAGGGAAACAUCUAAGAGUUGCAGGACACCGGCCCUCGAGGACCAGGAUUGCCCACCCCUGGUUUAUGCUGAAGUCCAUGCUAGAGUUUGAUCACAGUCAGAUCUCUCCUUAUCUAUAUCGUCAUCUUCACGAGUUUUUACAGCUUUGCCUCAGGAGGCAGUGACGCCAACGAAGUCUUGCAAAAGGACAGAAGUAGCAGAAAACCCUGCAAAGGAGCCAAAUCUGAGGACCCCGGAAUGCAUUGUUGCGCUGGGAAGCCGUACAAUCCAGAAACUCACACGUGCUGCAAAGAUAAAGGAAAGGAAAAAACAGACAACAUGAGUGAGAAGGUGUCAAAAUGCUGCGGACUCAAAGCUUACAACCCACUCAAUGAAAUGUGUUGUGACUUUACGCUCCAAGCGAAACCUUUUCCCAUGGCGGAGUGCUGUGGAAAAGCGGCCUUCAACAGCAAAACUCAGCUGUGUUGUGGUAAAAGCCGUACGAUCCUGGACAGACGUUCUCCGGACCAUCAGUGCUGUUAUGAGAAUCAGUUCAACAUCAAGACUGAGUGCUGCUGCAAAGGUCAAAUCCAACGCAAAGUCUCAGGCUGCUGUGGUGAGAACAGCACCACUGUGACAGAAAUGAUUCCCCCUGCCAGUCUUGUCAAAGAGCAUCAGAGGUCACAUUUUUGUGGGUCAGCGUCUUACAAUCCAGAGACCGAACGCUGCUGCCAGAGGAAACACGGGGACAAAAACGCGCUGUGCCCCUCAGGUGGAAAACCUUCACCAACUGUUUACGACCCAAAGACACACAUCUGCUGUGAUGGCUGUUUGACAAUGCUGAAGCCAUGGAUGGAUCAGUGUUGUGGAGACGCACCGUACGGUUUAGCACAGAGGGGAGUCCUCUGCUGUGAAAACCGCCUGUUCGAUCACAGAGAGGAUGGAGAGGAGUGUUCGGAGAGCGGAGUACCUUACAAACCCUUCGCGGAGACCGUGUGUGCUCAGAAGCGGCACAACUCACCUGGAGGGCACUGCUGUGGGGAGGAACUCUACCAGCCCAAAGAAACUGUUUGCUGCAAAGGACAGAGAUACAAUCGUGGAAAACACACUCGCUGCUGCGGCGUUCAUGCCUACAACAUUUCGGACCCAGUAAAGAAGUGCUGCGAAGGAACUCUGCACAACUUGACGAUUGGGGAAGAAAAUGACCGGGAGUGCUGUGGAUCCCAGCUGCUGAACCCAGAGAACCAGGAAGUCUGCUGCACCGGUGAGGAACAGUCCUUGUUCUAUCCAGCCAAGGACGGAUUUCAGUGCUGCGGUCACCAAUACUACGACUCUACUCUGUGGUCCUGCUGCGCGGGCAAGCUCAGUCCAGCGCACCAUCAAACCACCCACUUACGACCCGCCCCGAAAGAGUCCAAACUUCAACUGGUGAACAAUAUGAACAAAAUGCAGCUUUGCAAUGAAGUGUUCAUUGGGGUUGUGGAAAGCGUGUCUCGGAGCAGCACCGUGUUCAGCAACGUGCUGAAAGUCAAAGGCAAGGAGGCCACAGUGGGACCAGAUGUUUUCGUCCUGGAAACAUCGGAUCAGUGCAAGUUCUUCAAACUGACUGCCGGAAAGACCUACUUCUUCAAUCACACCGACGUCUUCGCUGAUUUCAACCACGAGUCCGUCCUGGAGUCGCUGCAUUUCAUUCUGUCCAAAUGUUCCCAGUAGGUCGCCACUGGCUGGUCUGGUCCUGGGCAUUUUCCCGAAACCUUGUAGCACUAACUUUUACUUUAAGCUCAUAUUGCCAGAAAGCAAGUUUACUUUAACAGUCUCAUCACAGAGUGCCUCUUUACAUUAAUUACCGUAGUCUGACUACAGUAGAGCGUCGAUCCAAACAUCGAAACGGUUUGGAGACAAAGAAACCAGCUAAAACAGAGAAGGUGUUCUGAGAGAACAUUAAAAACUUGCUUUUAUAAGCUAAACUUAUAAAUAGAUUUUUCCAUUUUAAAUAUAUGCUAUUUUUUCUCUUUUUUUUUUUUAUCCAUUGAUUGGAUUUGUACCGCUCUCUUUAAAUAUUUAAAAGAUUUAUUUUUAACUUACUCAGUAAAGCUAAAGAGAUUUUUAAUAAAUAAUAUCAAGGGUGGCGAUUCUGCCCCAGAAUCAGAAUAUUAUCUCAGUCAUCCGAAGAAAAACUGACUAAUUUUACUGUAAUUUUGGUAGCAUCUCAAACAAAUGUGAUCUUCAGGAGAAGAGAUGGUAGUGCCUUAAAUUUGUUUGGUUAUUUUAUUUCUUUCUGCUGUAUAAAUGUGAACAACCAGACAAAGCUGAAACUAAGAGAAGCUCAGUGAUUAUCUACUUUUAUCAAUACUAACUAGUUAACAUUUGUUUUUGUGUUGCAUGUUGAAAACGAAGCUAAAUGUACUGGUGGUGCUUUUCAUUUUCUAAUAAACACUUCAUAUCAA